GAGAGCACAUUCACUCCGCCGAUAUACCAGCAUCCUCAGCGCAGGCUAGAACGGGCCUAACUUCCUAGUUAGAAACGAAUCUCUGUGUAUGUUUAUAAAUGUAUAUGAUGAAGAAAGUGCAAUAAAGACAAAAUAAAGCAAGCAAAAAUAAAUAAAUAAAUAAAAUAAAGUGUGACGGGAGGACGGACGAAAUAUUACAGAACUAUAAUUUAUAACACAAUUCAUUACUCGAUUUUCGAGUGUGUGAGUGAGGCAGGCAGACGCUGGAUUGUAUAUUAAGACACAUUUUAAACACGGCGUUAUUAAAGUCAAAAUAUGAAUAUUUUUCGAUUUUUUGGCGAUCUUGCGCACUUGAUAGCAAUUGUCAUUCUGCUUCUGAAAAUUUGGAAAACACGGUCAUGUGCUGGUAUCUCUGGGCGCAGUCAGAUUCUCUUUGCGAUCGUUUUCACCGCGAGAUACCUUGACCUUUUCACAAACUACAUCUCCCUGUACAACACCUGCAUGAAGGUGGUGUAUAUUGUGUGCUCCUACACGACUGUGUUCCUGAUCUACGGGAAGUUCAAGGCUUCGUACGACGGGAAUCAUGACACAUUCCGGAUCGAGUUCCUGAUCGCUCCGUGCGCGCUGCUGGCAUUCCUGGUCAACCAUGACUUCACCCCCCUCGAGAUCCUGUGGACGUUCUCGAUCUAUCUGGAGUCUGUGGCGAUCCUGCCGCAGCUGUUCCUGGUCAGUAAGACUGGGGAGGCAGAGUCUAUCACCAGUCACUACCUGUUUGCUCUCGGCUCGUACCGGCUGCUCUACCUGCUCAACUGGAUGUGGCGUUUCUUCAGCCAGGGGUUCUACGACCUGAUCGCGCUCCUCUCGGGGGUCCUGCAGACCGUGCUGUACUGCGACUUCUUCUACCUCUACGUCUCCAAGGUUUUAAAAGGGAAAAAGUUGAGUUUACCAGCCUAGGACCGCCAGUAUCCCAGCAUACAUCUGGAAAUCAGCUGGAGAAGAGAACCUCUGGGAAAUGUGGUCUUGUAUUUGUAAUAUAAAAUGAGUUUGUGCCCCCUAAGAACUACAACUCCCAGAGUGCAUCACUUCUCAAUGUUAUUACAAGAUAAACUCCACUCCAAUCUAUUUGCUAGUUAGAGAUAACAUAAAAUAUAAGAGAAAUGUUUGUGUUUGUUUAUAAUAGAAAUUCAAUUAUAUUUUAUUAGGGCAGGAAUUGUACUGUAGGUUUUUUAAAAUUUGUUUUCAUAUACUCUGGAUUUAAAUAGAUGAUACACAUUACACUGAUGAAGGCAUUGAGCUGAAACGCUUGACUUGUUUUCUGCUUGAUUUUUAGACUUUUUUUUCCUGGCCCCCUUUACCUUUGUUUGCAGUCAUUCCGAGUGCUUCUUAUUGUUGCCGUCACUCAAAUACUGUGCUUAAAAAAUAAAAAAAAACAAAAGGGUAAGUCUGUGUUGCUUUGACUCGGAGUUCAGCAGCUGCUUUCAGUUCUAGAUACUGGCCAUGGACAUGUGUAAUGUAGUCUAGAUCAGGGGUUCCCAGGCUUUUUUUUUACCUGAGGCCCACCUGUGCAGCUGCAUUAGGCACCGCAGCCCACUAGUAACACUUCUUGAAGAAAAUGAACUGAAACAUUGUACUGUAUACAGUUGUAUGCAAAAGUUUGGGCACCCCUGGAAAAAAUGUAUGUUACAAUGAAUCUGACCUGACCUCUACAUGGUACAAGGUUACACAUGACACCUUUCUGUAAAUUUUAAUUCAGGAUUACUUUUUAUUUGCAUUUAUUACAGAUUCAGAAUAAUAAACAAAAGUGAACAUGGCGCGUGCAAAAGUUUGGGCACCCUUUUGGACCAUUCUUAAUUACUUCUUAAAAAAAUGAUUACUAAGACCCAGAAAGGUUGAUUCACUUGUUAGGGCUUCAAUUAGUCAGGUGAAGUCAAUUCCAGUGUUGAACUAUUACUCUGAAGUAACUUCAUACCUUCUAAUCUGUCAGACUGUGAUGGUUGUUCUGCCUGGUUUCAACAACCAUUGGCUCCUCUAAGCAGAUGUCUGAGGACUUGAAAAUGAAGAUAAUUGACUUUCACAAAACAGAAGGCUAUAAAAAACUCUCUCAACGCUUCCAGCUAGUAAUUUCAACUGUCAGAAACACUGUCAAGAAAUGGAACAGUUAAAGUCAAGGCAAGAUCUGGAAGAAAAAUAUCACAUAGACUUGCCCGAAAACUGGUCAGAUCUGCACAACAGAACCCACAGGUCACUGCAAAGGACCUUCAGAACAGUUUAGCUGACACUGGAGUAGUUGUUCACAGGUCCACAGUCCAGCGUACCUUACUCAACAAGGAUCUGCAUGGGAGAGUUGUCAGGAGGAAGCUUUUUCUACGACCUCAUCACAAAAGUCAGCGUCUAAAGUAUGCAAAAGAAAACCUUGACAAGCCUGAAGCUUUUUGGAACAAUGUGCUUUGGACUGAUGAAACGAAAAUUGAACUGUUUGGCCACAACCAAAGAAGAUACGUUUGGUGAAAAAAGGGUGAAGCAUUUCAAGAAAAGAACACCUUGCCAACUGUUAAGCACGGGGGUGGCUCUAUUAUGCUUUGGGGUUGUGUGGCAGCCAGUGGAACCGGAAAUAUUGUGCGGGUGGAAGGAAGAAUGGAUUCAACUAAAUAUCAACAAAUCCUAGAAGCUAAUGUCCUAAAGUCAGUCAGGACACUGAAGCUGAAAAGAGGUUGGAUAUUUCAGCAAGACAAUGAUCCAAAACAUAGCUCAAAAUCAACCAUGAAAUAUUUACAAGAAAGGAGGAGAAAGGUUUUGGAAUGGCCGUCACAGUCCCCAGACUUGAAUAUUAUUGAAAAUCUGUGGGGAGAUCUCAAACAUGCAGUGCAUGCAAGGAGACCUAAGAAUCUUUCUGAGCUGGAAGAGUUCUGCAAGGAAGAGUGGGAAAAGAUUCCAAAGGCAAGAAUAGAAAGACUCUUAGCUGGCUACAGGAAACGUUUGGAAGCAGUUAUAUCUGCCAAAGGAGGUGUUACCAAGUACUAAGUGACAGGGUGCCCAAACCUUUGCACGCGCCAUGUUCACUUUUGUUUAUUAUUUUGAAUCUGUAAUAAAUACAAAUAAAUAGUAAUCCUGUAUUAAAAUUUGCAGAAAGGUGUCAUGUUUAACUUUGUACCAUGCAGAGGUCAGGUCAGAUUCAUUGUAACAUACAUUUUUUCCAGGGGUGCCCAAACUUUUGCAUACAACUGUAUGUUUAAACCUGUAACACUGUAAAUGCAUAUUUACAUUUUCAUUUGAAUGUUAAUAUUUUUAAGGAUAGAAAUCACCAGCAGUCUGCACUGGAUGAAGCUCUUCUAGAUCUUUGAAACAUUCUUUGAAACACUUCAGUUUUAAUAAAGUAAAUUGCAAAUACUAAACAGGUGUUUUUAAUCAAAUCUUGAAAUAAUGCACCUUUUCACAGCUAAAUACCUUUUGAAAUUAAGCUAUUUUUAAUUUUUCCUUCUUCAUAUACACCUGAACAGGCGUCAAAUUUGAGUUACACCAGAGCUACCUGCACCCUAACAAGUGACGCAAAUAGAAACUAUAAAUACAGCUUACAGUCCAGGAGUGUUCUUAAUAUGACAGGUGAGCCUGCUCCUCCUUGCACAGUUUCUCAUACUGGUGCUCCACCUGAUUCCAUCUUCAGUGUUUAGUCUUUCCUCUCAGAUAAACUCUAGUGCUUUAUUUUGCAGUGUACUGCACUUUGUUUUUGCUUCGGGUGACGCUCACAUUUUGACGGUUUAAACACUCAUUUUCUAGUUUCAUAGCUUAUAACACACUGAGGCAAAGGAUACUCGCUCGAUCCACUAAAGGAAAAUUCAAACUUCAAGUACUCAUCAUCAUCAUAGUUUCUCACCACAUUUUUUCACUGGCUCAUUCUGAGUAGAUUUAGGAGGUCCAGAAGCUCAUCUUCACCACCAGUGUAACCUUCUCGUUUUUGAAGAAUAAACCGAUCCAUUGUGACAAAUUCAAAUUGCAAGCUCUUACUUUUUAGAGUUGUAGAAUGGAUUGUACUUUUGUUGCUAAGUUACCGUUCACACAUUGCAACUUUGUUUCCAUUACAACAAAUACAGCUUGCAAAGGUACAUUCCUUUAGCUUACAUUACACUUGUAGCUAUAUUAAACCUGCAGAGCACCUUUGGGCCGUGGGCCGCAGUUUGGGAACCCCUGCGCUAGAUCAUCUUUAUAUUAGUAAGCACCAGCGCCAUCUAGGGUAUUGCCAACAAAACUAAAGGACACAUGUCUAUGGCAUGCAACUAGAACUGAAGAGAGGCUCUCGUAGUCAAAGCAACAGAGACCUAUAAAAAACCCACAGUAUUUGAUUAAUUGUAAUGAUACUGAGCGCUCAGUGAUAGCAAGCAUGAAAAGAUGAGGGGUCAAGGAAAAAUAAUAAAAUACUUAAAAAAUAUAAUAAAAUAUAAAAACAGAGACAUGAACUUUUAAAGAAGUGAACUCUGUUUUAAAACAACGAAAACCCAUUUAAUUCCUCUCUCCCCUGUUUAAUAUCCUAUAGUGUGUGUGUGUGCCUCUCUCUCCCCUGUUUAAUAUCCUCUAGUGUGUCUCCCCUGUUUAAUAUCCUAUAGUGUGUGUCUCUCCUGUUUUAAUACCCAUGUUAUAAACCCAUGUUUAUAAACCCUUGGCACUUUCAAUAUCGUCCAGCCCUGGAGUCUUCAGAAGGGGGAAUAUACAAAAUAAAUACAAAAAACAUAACAUUUGAUAUUUGAAACUAUGUACUGUUUUAAAAAAUUAAAAUCAAUUGUAAAUAUUUGCCAUCGUCUUCUAAAUAUUUGAUCAAACUUUAAUAAACCUAAAAAAAGAUUUAUAAUGGGA